CAGGGAACGGAGCCAGGGAACGGGGCCGGCCUCCGCCGCCAGCCUCGCCCCGGGCCGCAGCCUGGGCACGGCGGCAGCAGGACGGGAGCUGGGGAUGCCCUCUGCACGCCCCAGACAUCUGCAACGUGUCUCGCGUUGAGCCAGAGGGGCACGUGGUGACCUGGCACUGUGAAGAUGGCAGCUCCCGAGAGGUUCAGUGCUGCCCACCCUGGUGACCCCCAGCCCGGGGACCUGAUUGAGAUCUUCCGGCCGGCUUACCAGCACUGGGCCCUCUACCUGGGGGACGGGUACAUCAUCAACGUGACGCCCGUCGAUGAGGGGCCCCCGGCCACGCUGGGCAGCGCCAAGUCAGUGUUCAGCCGAAAGGCCCGGGUGAGGAUGCAGCUCCUGAAGGACGUGGUGGGAAAUGACACUUACCAGAUCAACAACAAGUACGACGGCACCUACGCUCCCCUUCCUGUGGAGGAGAUCAUCCGGCAGGCUGAGUACCUCAUCAACCAGGAGGUGUCCUACGACCUGCUGGGCAACAACUGCGAGCACUUCGUGACGCUGCUGCGCUACGGUGAGGGGGUCUCUGAGCAGGCCAACCGAGCAAUCAGUGCCAUCGGGUUUGUAACCGCUGCCGCCGGUGCCUUCUCCCUGCUGGGCUUGUUACGGAGCCGAUCCAGAGAGAGGCAGUACUGAGGGGCUGCCGGCAGGACACGGGACAUGUGGUGGCCGUGGCCACCACCGAGACUCACUAACUGACUGCGUGACCCUUGCUGAGGGCAGCGCUAGCCUGUUUGCCACAGCUGCUUUCAUGACGCUGCCUGCGAUGACGUUUGUGCUGGUCUGGGAGCACUUGCAAGAAAAUCCUCCAUCCUCACAGCCCAGGGCUCUGCUGAGGACUGGUACAGACUUCCGGCACACACGUUUCUACAGACUGGAUCCUCUGGGCCUUCUGUGAAUAACCUUUCUUAAUCUGUGUGAAGAAACAUUUUUACUUUUUUUAACUUUUUUUUCUUAAACAGAAGCAAUGCAAAACUAUUGCUGACGGCUGUUGUGUGCCUUCCAUCCGAGGGCCCAUCCAGGUGGAACCCUGGUGCUGAGCCAGCAGGAGAGGCACAUCCCAUGUCUCAGAGCUUGUGCUGCAGUUCCCAAGCUCUGAGCCCCUCAUGCAAGGUCUGGAGGUGUGGGGGAAGCAGGGCCUACGAGCUGUGUCCCUCAGUGUUUAAAAUGGGUGCUUUGGGUGUGAUGGUGCCUGGCUCUGUUUUCUCCUGCCUGUGAAACUGUCCUUUUGCCUGGCAUCCCUGACUCCCUUUGGGAUCUGGAGGCCCCUGGUUUGGGCGGUCUGACAAAACCCCCAGGCAAUUUUCCUCUGGCAGCUGUUUGCCCCACACUGGCACUGCUGUGCCACUGAAGUUUCAAUCUCCAUCUGUGUAAGUGCAGCAGUUGUUGACCAAGGACGUGACUAAGCUUAUUCCUUGGUCUGACAAAGGGCCGAGGUUUAAAGAAAGGGCACCGUGGACUGCAGGGGCAGCUAGGAGCCUGCCUUUGGCUCUGCCAUGACAAGACACGGAGUCCAAGCAGCGCAUUGCUCCAGCACGAGGAAGAGCCUCCCCCAGCCAGCAGGAUGGCAAAGCCAGUGUCCCUGCACGCCUGCAGAGUGAGCUGUGCAUCCCCAAACCUACAGAGCCCCACCAUCUGCCAGGCACAGUGCCAGUGUGUGGCUGCUUAGGAAAAGUGUGGUUUAUUGUUCUUUAUGGAGAAUAUUUGGCUUGCACGUUUGGAACUGUGCUAUUUGCGGGUUGCAUACUAAAAAAAAAAAAAGAAAUCCUGUGUUGCCUUCACCACAUGCAACUGCCUGGACUGUUAUAAGAGAUGAGAGCAAAAGCUGUCUGUAAGCAGCUUGCUAUUUUUGUCUGCUCUUAACAUGUAUAUAACUGGAUCAGAAGCUUUUUUUAAACAGCAGUUGUUUCAAUGUUUGAAAUAACAAGGCCAAGCCUUCUGGUCAUAUUUUGUAGUGCUCUUUGUUGUUGCAAUUAAAUAAGAUUCUUUUUAAUAUGGGAAAAUGUAUUAUAAUAAAACUGAACCUGGACAUCC